AUGGGAAACUUCUUCUCUCGUCCAGGGCGGGAGUCAGAUGCUCUACCACCCGGCGCUUUCGCCGCCGGCAACAUCUCAUCUCUCGAUAGCUCGUCAAUCAAACCAUAUCUAGGCACCAAUACCGGAUUGUACGAGAAGCCUUACCCGCCCAUACCAUUCGAGUGGAUCGUUUCGCCUAGCAGCGUCGACGACGGAUCUUGUCCCAAUGGGUCACAGAUACUAACGUGGUUCGGUGUUACGGAUGUUGUCAUUACAGUUUUAGCUAUUCUUUGUGCGUAUCGGCCUUUUGUCCAUUGGAUUACUCGCGGAAAGCUGGGGAACCGUCGCAAAAACCGCCUAGCGCUCACAUGGACUAUAACGUUUGCCUGUCAGCUUACGGCCAGCGCUAUCGUCGCUGGUGUCAUUGGAAAUACCUCCGGCUACGAGUCUUUGAACAUGCUUCACAUCUUCACUGUCGCCAUGUCACGACCCCGAUUCUAUCCCAUCGUUCUCGGAUUAUUGCGCUGUGUUGUCACCUCCCAACGGACGCGGGACUGGGAUAAAACGUCGAUAAUUAAACGAAGUGUCGAUGACCGUGUCGAGUUUCCCUACACAGACGCUUGGAUCACAACAAGCUUCUCCGAGUUGCUACUACUGAUCAUAUCCGCCGUUUUCACCGGAGUGACAUGGCAUCGUCUGCCUUCAGACAACAAAUCCCGCGAGUAUGCCUCGGAUCACGUGAGCUUCAUAUCGAGUACCCCAGGAAUCAUGUUUCUUUGCAUGCUUGCUUUCCUGCCGAUUUAUAAACGUUACGGCGAGGCGUACCCGAUUGAAGGACGACGAUAUGAAACUGGUAGGCAUUGGGGCGUGACAAUAAGCAAUGACGGAAGGACUAGGAUCGGCGUCAAGAAGGAUAACAAGAAGACUGCAGUCAAGAGAGCGGCCAACGCGGUGUGCGCGGUGCUCCUCCUGGCGUAUAUCGCUUUGGUCCAGUGGGCGUAUUGGACGAGGCUUCUCGAGAUGUCGGGAGUUCUCUAA